AUGAAGGAAUUUGACUUAAUGGCGUUGGAGUCCGCAUCAUCGUCUUGGCAAUUCGAGCUUCUAGGCGUCAGACACAAUCCUCAAAUCAGAUUGCAUGGCUCUUGUAACAAGGUUACAAGAAGCAUUGUACAGCUUCAAAAGUCGGUCGCCAACAAGUACGUACCAGUCAUGGUAAAGGGGCGGUGGCAAGAUUGCUAUAUUUUAGGUGUCGUGGAUUUGUUUCAUGGCCACGAUGACUCACGUCGCCAUGUACGUCUCCAUGAUAUGAGCUUUGGUAUUUAA